UUUAUCGACCUCAUGAGACUACGUCGUUUCAGGAAAAGAAUCUCUCAUCUGUUAUCUCCUUCCUUCCCACCGCACCUUGCUGGACUGGUUCUUCCUUUUUUGGUUUCUCAUCUUCUGCCCAAUGGGCUCUCUACAAUUAUUCUAUUUUCCAACCAUUAUUCUCACUAGCUGCAAGUCUUCCUCUCAGCGCCAAUCUUCACCAAUUCAUUACUUUUAGUUUUGUUUUUUCAAUCUGUUUCCUCUACAAAAUCCGAUUAUUUUGUCCACUUUCUGAACACUCAAGGGGCCUCUAAGGAUAUUUCGUUACUGGGUAUCCAUUAUCUGAAAAAAAAAAAAAUGUCUCUUUUCCUUAAAGCUUUGCCUUUGAUGGCCAUCCGCACGAGGCCAUCUUUGGCGUUUCUCUGCAGAGUUCCCAGCGCCAUUCCACUGACACUUUCCAGAACAAGAAACGUGUUCUCCGUUUCUGCUUCAACACAAACAUCUCCUUCUACUUCUGAAACACUCACUUCUAAUGCCAAACCACCUUUUGCCCUGAGUGAAUCCCUUGAGUGGGUCAACAGGACUGCACUUUGUGGUGAAUUGACUUUGAAUGAUGUGGGAAAAAAGGUCCAGCUUUGUGGGUGGGUUGCCCUUCACAGGGUCCAUGGUGGCCUUACAUUUCUUAAUCUCAGAGACCACACUGGCAUUGUUCAGGUUACAACCCUUCCGGAUGAAUUUCCAGAUGCCCAUUCUGCUAUCAAUGACUUGAGGCUUGAGUACGUGGUUGCCAUUGAAGGUGUUGUCAGGUCUAGGCCGAAUGAGUCAAUCAACAAGAAGAUGAAAACAGGCCUCAUCGAGGUGGGGUGA